AUGUUUUUCACUGUGUGGGAGGUAGAGAAAAAGGAGAAGAAUAAGAAGGAGGAGUCUGAUGAAGACAAAGGGUUCCAAGCCACUUACCAGUUGGGUGUGGCCCAGAGUAUGUUGGACCUGGCCCCGUUGGUGCUACAAGCAGCCCCUAAGGUAAUGGGGGCCUCGGCCGGGUCCCUGCUCAAAAAUGCCCGCAGGAAAUCUAUGGGGCCACUGCACCUGGCGAGGAACGUGUUUGUGUGGAUAGAAGGUCUGUUGCGCCGCUCACUACCAGACGACGCCCACAUCCGGGCCAGUGGACGCCUCGCCGUCGUCAUGACACGCAUUCCAGAUGGACAGAAUACUGUGGUGUCAGAGUUCACAUCCCGAGAGGACGUUGUGCAGGCGCUGUUGUGCAGCUGCUUUAUCCCUGGGUACCAUGGUAUACAGCCACCGUCUUACAAAGGAGUGCAUUAUGUGGACGGUGGUAUGUCCAGUAUCCAGCCAACCCACUCCUCUCCCUAUGCACACACCCUCACUGUGUCGCCAUUCGCUGGAGAGGCGGACAUCUGUCCACCAGACCCUGGCUCCAUGUACGUCAUCGUCAUGAGCGGCAUGCCCCUCAACUGCAGUGUGGCCAACGGUUACCGGAUCCUUGAAGCCCUCUACCCCUACAACUGGGAGGUUGGACCCCAAAACAACUCUUACUCUAUCCACCCAGCCCUUUACCCCUCCACCGAGCCCUCUACUCAUUCACCCAGCUCUCCACCGAGCCUUCUGCCCCUCCACCCAGCCCUCUACCUCUCCGACUAG